AUGCGUGUGCGUGAGAGGGCGUGUCCUUCUGGCUGGGGAAGCUGUGUGCACGCACGUUUAUUUCUGGGUGUGUCCCAGUGUUUACCCCAGAAACAGACAGGAACUUUGCCAAGGUUGCACAGCAGAUUCGUAUUCAAACUUGCCCCUUGGGAACCUACAGCCGGCAACUGCAGCCUGCCGCCAGCUCCUACCUGGGUGUCCGGAGAAGUGCCCCAUGAGGAGGUGGCAGAAAGGAUUUUCAGUCCCAGGCACCCCGGAGGCCUAGGGGAUUGUGAGCUCGCGGUCCCCUCCCCCACUCCCUCCCAUCAGCGGGUCACGAGACCUCUAAGGCGUCCCCCCCCUGCAGGGAGGGGGGCCGAGGAGUCCCAGCUCCCCAGCCGCUUUCAGGGUCCUCCACUGGAGGGAGCGCGGAGCCCAGAGGGAUUUCUUUUUCCAGAGGCGCCCCCGGGGGGCGAGGGGGCAGCCCGAGUCCCUCGUGAGCCCAAACCGCAGGCCCUUCAGGGUUUUGAGCAGGGGAGCUGCAGUUUGGGGUGGCAUGUCUCUGCUUGA